AUGGCUGGCCUCAUUCAGCUUCGAGGCCGUAACCUCUACCGGCUCAUGAAGUUCGUGUGUGGUGUUGCUUUUAUGAUGUAUGGCUACGAUGCCGGUGUUCUUGGAGGCCUCCUUCUUCAUAGGCCUUUCCUCGAUGCUAUCGGCAACCCAACUGGAGAAUGGACAAUUGCUCUUAUUUCGAGCUCGUACAGCUUAGCAGCUUGCGUGACAACUCUAGUUGUUGCACCUUUUACUUUCCGCCUAGGUCGUCGUGGUACAAUCCUGCUGGGUAACUUUGCAGCCAUCAUCGGAUCAGUCAUCCAAGCAAGCAGCUAUAGCGUCGCACAAUUAAUCAUCGGUCGUGUGGUGACAGGCUUUGCGAUAGGCUGUAUCUCCUCCGCUGUCCCUACAUACCUGUCCGAGACUGGCAUGGAAAUCGGUGAUCGAGGUCCAGCUAAUGCUAUCAACGCAAUUCUUCUCAUCAGUGGCGUACCACUUGCCUAUUGGAUCGACUAUGGCUUCGUCCAAUACGAUGGCCAGUUCUCCUGGCGGGUACCCAUCAUAUUCCAGUGUGUCUUCGCCAUCACAUCCGGUGGCUGUAUGUUCUUCUUACCUGAUACUCCUCGAUGGUACUUUGCUCGGAACAGAAAUGAACUUGGGGAAGACGCCCUAUGCAGAUUGACGGGCCUCACUAUCGAGGAUCCCAAGGUCCAAGAGACGAAGCGAGAGAUCUUUCUGGCUAUGGAAGCUGAAGAAGAAGCAAAGUCUAGUCUGCGCUGGACACAGUUCGUAACAAUGGGCAUUACCGACAAAACACCUCUCCGUAUCGUGCGACGGCUUGUGAUCUGUUUCUGGCUUCCCUUUAUUAGAGAGUGGACAGGCAGUUCUAUGCUCGCUUACUACUCUACGGUUACAUUAUCUCAGGCUGGAGCUUCGCCGAAGCUAGUGAGUCUGCUCGCUGGAGUACAGAAUAUGAUCUUUGCGGCCGGAUGUGUUCCACUAUACUUUACUGUGGAAAAGCUUGGAAGAAGAACAAUAUUGCUUUGGUGCGCGAUCUUGAUGUCUAUCCUCAUGCUCAUCUUUGUCGUGUUGCAAGGUGCCAAUCCAUCACAGUCCAUGCAGUGGGCCAGUAUCGCGAUCAUCUGGGUCUUCUUGUUCUUUAUGAGCUGGGGAUGGCAGGGCUGUGUCUGGCUAUACUGCUCUGAAAUACCGCCGCUGAGCUAUAGGCAUGUAGGCGGUUCUAUUACCGCCUUUGGGGAGUGGUUAAGCACAUUCCUGUUUGUGAUGAUCCUUCCUGUCGGCUUGGAGAAUAUCAAGUGGAGGUUUUGGAUUUUUGUUCUCAGUGGUAACGUUCUUGCGGUGGUAUUUGUCUAUUUCUUGUGCCCCGAAACUGGUGGGAAAACUCUGGAGCAGAUUGAUUAUAUCUUUUCGAAGCCAGGAGUGUAUGAGGAGGACGCAAAGGGUGGUAUACAUCACGUCGAAGAAGUGCAUACCGAGACGAAAAUCAUUGUUUUGCUUCUUGUGCAGGUGUUCUCGAUCCACCGCUACACGCGAUUCAGUCAUGGUCUACUGUCAACAACUUUACGCUAUACAGCAGUGAAUGACCCUAGCUUACAAAUGGCUAUCAAGUACGAAUCGACUCGAGAAACAUACGAGCUCUCUAGGUACUCUUCUUCCACUCGCUACCUGUUUUUAAAGUAUACUUAUUGUGACCAAGGUGCCAGCAUCGAGUUCAGUGUCUUCAACACGUCCUCGAUCAUUCUCGAAUUGGCCAACACAAAUGCGAAAAGUGUAAGACAAUCUCAAGAUGACAGCCGAAGCAAGACCUACAUGGUCCUUACUCCCGCAAGAGCGAAAUCUACACCGAGCGGGCCGAUCGAUAUUGUGGUUACAAGCAGUAGCAGGAAUCUGACCAUUGCUUAUCAUAAAGCGGUCUACGGGGUUGUUCCACUCGCAAUUAACCUCGAGCAAGAUGUCGUACACGAUCUCAAGAUCGUCCUGUCUGGAAUUCAUGAGCACAACACUAUGCAAUUCAAAAGCUUGUGGUUGAGUCGUGGCGGCCAUUUGGUUCAUCCCUCCCGAGCAAAACAGUUGAAGAGUAUGGUCAGUCAGGAGGGAGUAAACGCGAUCACUCUCGCAGAGCUUGGCUCACGAUCUUUGUCCGAUAUUCCACAGCGAAGACUGAUCGAAGUUCUUGGACCCACUACUAUGCUAGGCCUAGACCAUAAGAAGACUGCCGAACGGGACAUAUGGUCGCAAUCCUGGCCCAGCCUUUUGGAACACGAAUUUCCCGAUACGACUGUCGCUCGAUUAGCAAUUCCUAGCCAUAGCUGUCUCACGCAACCUUGUCAAAGAAAAACCACACACAACUCGACCACAGCCGCUGUCCAAGAGUUGUUCUUUCGUGCUGGAACUCCAGGGACCGACCUCUAUGCACGUCUUUGGCCAUUCAGCUCAUACGACAGCGUCCCUUCAGCUCUCGUACUAGUUCUCGGUCUGGCGGAUGUGGUAGCAUUCUUGGACGGAGAAUCCCUGAACAAGUCACAAGCCAGACAAUUCUUGAACAGUUUCUCUCAUGCGUAUUCCACGUUCAUCCAGACUAUUCGUCGUACUGCCUACUCAAAACCCACAAGCUCAGUAAGGAGGUCCAUAUCGCAAAGUGAACUACAACACACCAUCGACGAAAGCUAUCUCUACAGUUCCUCCUCAUCGACCAUCCCAAUCUUCCUCGUUCUACCUCCUAUACCUCCCAACCUACCACAUCCAAGAGCCAAGCAAAUUCAGGUCUUACUCUCUCAAGCAACAUCCAAAGUCCUCGACGAACUCAAAUGGCACAUCGGAGACAAGAAAACUUUCGUCAUCGAUACAGCCGGAUGGCUCAAUGAUGCUGAUUUCACCUUUGACUCGAACGCAUCCGAACACGAUCGCCCAUUGGACUACUCUUUCUCUCGGUCUGGCCACGUCAAGUUUGCGCAUCGUCUGUCUACGCAUCUCUGCUAUUAUCUUGUGGAUAGUACUCGUGGUGGAGGUCAAGAUGUCUGCCCGUUUCAUAGACAUGAUGAGUAUAUUGGGAAUCUGUAUGUGCCGGAGACAGCAAGUAUUGGGAUGAUAGUCGAGGAGCGAAAGAUUGCGGGCAUAAAGGAGUUCUUGGGCAUAUUGUGA